AUGAACCCCACUGUUCGCUCCCCUAAUUCGCCCGGGCGUUCCCAGAGAGCGCCCCCAGUCUAUCGUCAUCUUCAGCUCCAGCCUCCGGCUCCGGACGACGACGAGGAAUCCGACGACGACGAAUUGACUCGCCCCGGAUCUUCCGGCAGUGAUGCCUCCUCCAACGUGACUACUGUUUCCGCCGUUCCCAUCACCCCGGUCAAUACCUCCAACCCUGGUGGCGGAGGCUACUUCUCCCCCCAUCAACGAUCGGCAGCCUCUUCCCCUCAACAAGCUGCUGCAGCUGCAGCACGUCAAAUGCCCCAAGACGCCCGCCGUCCAUCUGGACGAGGGCCCUCACUAGAACUACAAAGACACCGUUCUCGUCAUCACUCACAAGGCUUCUUUGAGCCGUCUCUCCCCACCGCCUCGCUAGAUACUAUCCCCCAGGUCUCGGCCUCCCGCAUUGCUGCCCAGACAGCCAUGCAGUCACUCAAGCGGGGAGAUGGCCAAAGGCAAUCUACCCGCGCCUCGCCAUCACCUCCACCGCCAUCUCUAGUCCCACUACCCCUCCGAAUGAAUCAACCUCCAAGCGUGGCUACGACAGCGGCUAAUGUAGUAUUCCCGCGGGCUGGAGCAGCGCAACUAGCCGAACAGCCAGAAAGCAAGAAGAAAAAGAAACUGUUCUCAAAACCCAAGUCCAUAGGCAUCAGCCGAGACAAAGACUUCACACGAGACCGAGGUCUCCCUUCGCCAAGUAAGCUAGGUGGGGGUCUUUCGCGCAUGGUUAGCGCGUCAACAACAAAUUUAGCCGAUAUGCCCUCGAACAACUCGUCCUUGUACAAUCUUUCCAACGCGUCUGUCAGCACUGUCGUCCCAGCCAUACCUCAACAAGUACCAGAGAAGGAUACCAAAGACAAAGACAAGCAUAAACACCACUUUUUAUCGCGCCAGAAGUUGAAGCUGAAAGAUCGCGAUGACCAUUUUAAUCUUCCUCUCUCCUCAGCAUCGAGUAAUUCACGCCCUGCAGAUCCAAAUGCUCCACAGUCAUUAUAUUCAUUCACCAGUCCUGCAUCUCCGGCGCCGGGGGCGACCUUUGGCAAGUCGGUUAGUGGCUUGGAUCUUCUGCAUGGCGGGCGCGCACUCCGAGAAAAGAAAAAGGAAGAAAAAGCCAUGGCUGAGUCUGAGCAAAUGCAGAUGGAUUGGUUGAAUAACUCCGGGGCUAGUGGUGCUGUGACUCCCGGAGGCGGUUUUACAGGGCCGUCUUCAUUAAAUAGCUCCACUGGCGUGCUAGGAGAGGCUUUGCUACGGGAGACCCUGCAGGGCUUUGGGCUAAAUAACAUGUCACCUGAAGAUGCAUGGGACUUUCUCAAAGCGAAGUUGCUCGUCAUUUUCGACGGGGAAGAUGUGCGCAUUGCUAUCGAAGACCUUAACAAGCUGGUCCUAGUACAUUUGCAGCGUUGUGUACAUAAGCGUACACCCAUCGCGAUGAUCACUGAUCUUCAAGAACUACUAGAGGCCGGUUUCGCAACACUCAACCACAGCUCUCUGAUUGGUGUCUCAGAUGACAGACUCGUGCCGCAUCUGGUUCAGGUCUGGAUGUUGGUGUUUGGCACUAUCCUGCCUUUCAUCCAGGCUGUCUUCCUUCCUCUGGACCUAGAGCUGAAGGGGUGCGGAUCAUUAAUGACCACUCGUGAAUCUCGUGAGUUCUGGGGCUCGCCGCAGGUCGGCGGGUCUCUAGACGUUCGCAACUUGGUUCUCAUCGCCUUCCGGGAUCGCAUAAUAUUAGAAAGAUACGAAACGUUGAAACACACCUUUUCACGCCUCAGUCUAGACAGUAUCAACACCGGCUUCCCUACACUCAGCGUCACGGCCAAAAGCAUCGGACCCGGUGGCCGUCCCAGCACAGCUGCAUCUCUAGAUGCCGGUCUGGGCAGCUACAAUUCCCAGUCCUCGACUCUGCUCAGCACAGGCGUGGCAGGAAGCUACUCGUCCGACUCGAUGAUGACCAACCAACGACCAUCAAGCAGUAACUCACGCAGCCGCGCUGCCUCAAACACAUCCUCAAUCCCCGAUCCACUCAUUUUCCCCCCACCCUCCUCACCUCCAGUCGUGCACCAACGACAAACUGUCAUCCACCGCGGCUCAGCCGACUCGUCACAUGUCAUAACCGAGACAGUAGGCCGCAUGCUCCAAUGCGUCAGCGUGCUAGCAAGCGUGCAAACAGGAGACGAAGCCCAAGAAAAGAUCGAAGUCCUCAGCAAAACCCUCAAGCACAACUGGCUCGGUCGUGGCCGCACAGGCCGCGACAGACGCGGGUUUGUGGGUGCUAAAUUCCGCCCUGUAAUGGUCGGUGGGUCGACACUAGACGACGACAGCGAGUCGCUGACUACAGCUGGUAUCAGCAUCGGUGCUAGUACCAGCACGAGCGGGUCUCGGGCCCGCGGUGAUUCAUCUUCAUCUGAGUGGAGUGGUGGAAUUGGGCUGAGCAUACGGAGUGGUGGACAGCAAUUGAGUGUUCUUUGA